AUGUUUACCCCCGGUCUUGCUCUUGCGGGCCUUGCGGCUCUGGUGCCCGCAGCCCUCGCUACUCCCGGUUGUGACGGGCCCGACGCCCGAGUCCACCCACCGACUGGCGCAGUCGUGGUGGAUGCCAGUGGCAGCUACACCGGCAGCUACAAGACCGUCGGCGCAGGAGUCGCUGCAUUGAGGAAUCAGACAGCAGAGCAGAUCAUUUUCAUUCUGCCGGGCACCUAUCACGAACAAGUGCUUGUUUCCCCUGUGCAGGGACCGCUAGUUUUUCAGGGCUACACUUGCGAUGCAAGCUCAUACGCGGACAACGAGGUGACCAUUACCGCCGGGGUCGCACAGAAGGAUAUUCCCCCUGAAGUCACAGGAGAGACGCGUAACGACCUUACAAGCACUGUUCGAUUGAAGUCGGACAAUGUCAGGGUUUACAACUUGAAUAUUGCCAAUACCGCGGGCAACGUCGGCCAGGCCUUGGCUGUGAACGUCAACGCGACCAACGUUGGCUUCUAUGGAGUCAACUUCACUGGCUACCAGGACACGAUUCUUAGUGACAAGGGUCGUGAGCUAUUCGCCAGCUGCUACAUUAACGGCGCCAUUGACUUCAUAUUUGGCCGCUACGCUCAGUCAUGGUUCGAGGGCUGCGAUAUCGAGUCCAUCGGACCUGGAUACAUCACUGCCAGUGGACGCGAGUCGGACAACAGCUCUGCUAUCUAUGUGUUUAACAAUACCAAAGUCACAGGAACGGCUGGAAAGGGCUCAACAUACCUAGGUCGUCCCUGGCGCCCAUACGCCCGCGUCGUCUGGCAGAACAGCGACCUGAGCGACGCCGUCAACCCUUCCGGUUGGACAGACUGGAAUGGGGACAAUGUCACCGAACACGUAUAUUUCAAGGAGUUCCAAAACACUGGCCUGGGUGCCGAUUUAUCCCAGCGUGUCGCCUACAGUGGCGUUUUGGAGGAGGCCAUCAAGAUCACCGACAUCCUUGGUGAAGGAUAUGAGGAGGAAGGCUGGGUUGAUGCAAGUUACUUGUAG